AUGAGCAUAGCCAAGGCCGGCAAGCAGGUCAUCUCCACCGACGGGGCGCCAGCGGCGCUUGGCCCGUACAGCCAGGCGGUCCGCGCCGGCAACACGCUGUACGUGUCUGGCCAGAUCGGGCUUGUGCCUGGGACCAAGGACUUCGCCUCCGAGGGCGUGGAGGGCCAGACUGAGCAGGUGAUGAAGAACCUGGGCGCCAUCCUGGAGGCGGCGGGCGGCAGCUAUAAGAGCGUGGUCAAGACCACCAUCCUGCUGGCGGACAUGGGUGACUUUGCCACCGUCAACGGCAUUUACGGGCGCUUCUUCCCGGAGGAGCCGCCCGCGCGCGCCACCUUCGCGGUCAAGACCCUGCCCCUCAACGCCAAGGUCGAGAUCGAGGCGAUCGCCUUGCUGGAGUAG